AUGUUAAAACAAAUCAAUCGACUAUUUGCAGGAAUCAAACUACAUUCGAUGUACACAGAACAAAUAUUAACUAAUUGGAAAUAUCGUAAAUACGAUUCACAAGACAACGAAGAGGGAGAAGAAUGGAAAGAUUCUAGAAAGGAUGUAUCAUGCACAGAAAUCCACGCUGAUUUAUUAGCCAAUAAUGAAAUCAAAGAUCCAUUCUUAGAUAUGAAUGAGAAAGAAGUUCAAUGGAUAGGAGAAACUGAUUGGGAGUACAAGAAUGAAUUUAUUGCACCCAAAAAGGAACUUAAAGAAAAUGAAUUGGUUUUUGAAGGGUUGGAUACUUUUGCAACUGUUUAUUUAAAUGAUAAAGAAAUUUUAAAGACUGAUAAUAUGUUUAGAGAGUAUCAAGUUAAUGUUAGUGAUCAAUUAUUAUUUGGACAAUUGAAUACUUUACGUAUUGUAUUUAAGAGUGCCCUCUUAACCGCUAAAGAAAUCGAAAAGAAACGUGGAACUUUGGCAUGUUUCAAUGGUGAUCCUUGUCGUCUUUAUGCAAGAAAAGCUCAGUAUCAUUUUGGGUGGGAUUGGGGUCCAGUAUUGAUCACUUGUGGUCCAUAUAAACCAGUUAAGUUGGUUUCCUAUAAUACACGUGUGGAAGAUGUUUAUGUUAAAAUUGAUACUACUGAUUUGACAAAACCAAAGGUUUCUGUUGAAGCCACCAUCAAAACCUCACUGUCGAGCACUGUUAAUGUCGAAGUAGUAGAUCCUCAGGGCAAUGUUAUACAAACUUUCAGCAACCCUAUAAAAAAAUCAGGGUUGGUUUCCUAUGAAUUUGAAAUAGAAAAUCCGGAAUUAUGGUAUCCAAUUGGUCACGGGAAGCAGCCAUUGUAUGACGUCAAUGUCUCUAUUCCUUCUGGCCCAACCAUUACUAAACAUGUGGGGAUUAGAAAAGUUGAGUUGAUACAAGAAGAGUUUGCCGAGCAAUCAGGUACUAGUUUCUAUUUCAAAGUGAAUGAUAUUCCGAUCUAUGCUACUGGUUCCAAUUGGAUUCCAGCUCACUCAUUACAAACUAUGUUAACAGAUCAGGAUUAUAAAGAUUGGUUACGAUUGACCAUUAACGGACAUCAAAAUAUGAUUAGAGUCUGGGCUGGAGGUUAUUAUGAACAAGACAUAUUUUAUGAAGAAUGUGAUAGAUUAGGUAUUAUGGUAUGGCAAGAUUUCAUGUUUGCUUGCGGACAAUAUCCCGGAGAUCCUGAGUUUAUUGCCAAUGUUUCUGAAGAAGUCAAACAUCAAUUAAAACGUUUAAGAAAUCAUUGUUCUAUUACAAUCUAUGCCGGGAAUAACGAAGAUUAUCAAGUUGCUGAACAAUGCGGGUUAGAAUGGGAUCCAAAUGAUACAUCGGGUGAUUAUUCUAAUACAACUUUCCCUGCCAGAACAAUCUAUGAAACGACAUUACCUAAAUUAGUAAGCCAGUACCAGCCAGAUGUACCUUAUCAUCCAGGAUCUCCAUGGGGCGGGAACGGCACAGCCGAUCCAACAAUUGGUGAUUUACAUCAAUGGAAUGUCUGGCAUGGAUCACAGGAGAAAUAUCAAAAUUGGUAUAAAUUAGGUGGAAGAUUUGUUUCCGAGUUUGGAAUGGAAGCAUUACCAAAUAGGAAAACCUAUGAACAAUGCAUAUCUGAUCCAACUGAAUUAUAUCCUCAAAGUGAAACUGUUGAUCAUCAUAAUAAAGCCGAUGGAUUUGAACGUAGACUUGCCCUCUACGUGAUUGAAAAUAUCAAGGUCCAGGGAUUAGAUUUUGAUUCUUGGAUUUAUGCCACUCAAUUAAUGCAAGCUGAAUGUCUUGGAUACGCCUAUAGAUGUUGGAGAAGAGAAUGGAGAGGGGAAGGGAAGAGAUAUAAUGGGGGAACUAUUGUUUGGCAAAUCAAUGAUUGUUGGCCAGUUGCAUCUUGGUCUAUCAUAGAUUUUUAUAAACGUCCUAAACUUGCUUAUUAUUCAGUUAAGAGAGAAAGUCAGCCUAUCGGAGUUGGAAUGUAUAGAACUGAAAGAAGGGAUGGGGUGGUGGUUGAAGAUGAAGCAUUUGGGGUUGCAUUUGAUUAUCGUCCAACAACACUUUCUAUUGAUCUUUGGGGUGUGAAUUCCAAGACCGAAGACCAGCCAGCCAUAUUGAAAGUUGAUAUUUAUCAUGUAACUUCAGGUGAAAAGUUGAAAUCAUUACCUGAUACUGACGUUGUUUUGAAAGCUAAUCUGACAACUGAAUUCAUUAAAGAUUUGGAGAUUGCAAAUGACAAGCCAGUUGUUGUUUAUGGUAGGUUUGUUUCUAAAGAAGAUGGAAAGGUUCUUGCCUGGGCAGGAGACUGGCCACAACCAUUAAAAUAUUUGAAAUUCCCAGACAGAAAAGUCGAUGUCGAAGUUCAUGAUGGCCAUAUAACUCUUACCUCUGACAAGCCGGUAAAGGGUGUUGAAAUAAUUGUCGACGGAAAGGAUACUUUCUUGCAAGAUAAUGGAUUUGAUUUAUUUCCCGGCGAUACAUAUACGGUUGUUGCGGAAGAUGUUAAGGAAUCAGAUAAAGUUACGAUUAGAUAUUAUCAUUAG